UUAGGAAAUUUUUGAUUCUUUUACAGUCUGUUUUGGCAAACUUAGAUAUGAAAUAACAUUUGUAGGCUGUAUAUGGAAAUUUUUUAAAUAUUUAUCUAAAUUCAUAAAAAAAAUUAUUUAUUUAUGACUGUAACAAACUCUUCCCCAACAGAUAGUCAUUCGAUGAGCUGAUAUCUCAGUAAUUGAAUGCUCAAAAAUGGUGUGUAUGCUGAGCAGUGCCACAAAAUCAGCAACCGUGACAGAAAGAAGAAGCAGAGACCAGGUGUAUGUAGCAGCAGUGCCAUUAAGAGCAGCAAAGGGACCUGCCCACCUGAUUAUGUCUUCUGCUUACUCCCUAAACCUUUGGGAUUUGCAGCACUUCAUGGUCCUCAUCAAACCCCCCUCCUCCUCCUCACCUCCUCUCUCUCAGGCCUUUGUUUUUGAUUUUCAACCUCAAGAUCCUGAAAAUAUAUAUGUAGCACUUGCAGCUCUAUCUGGCAGAAAAAUACCAGGAGUUAUUCUUACAAGGAAGUUGACAAAGCCGCCAGCCCGUAAAUGUUGGUUUGUUGGAUACUCCAGAGUGGAUGCUAUAGAUGCAACAUAUAAAUUCAAUGGGAAUUGGGAUACUGGUUUGAGGAUAGGCCAUCACGACUGUCGAAAUUACACAAAUGAAUUGGUUGAGUAUCUUACUGGUGAAAAAUAUGUACUGGAGCACUUGAGAAGGAAGCAGGAUAGUUGGAGGGAAAUCCUCCCUACUAUCCCGCAGAUCCAAGGCAGCGCCCCUUGUGUUGAUUAGACAACUUAAGGUCCAACCUUCUAACCAACUGUGCUUCGCCCAGGAGAUUGGCCCAAAUGGGAGGGAAUUGAACCUGUGACCUUGGGGCUUACACCCCAAGCCUUAACCACAAUGCCACCCACCCUUGGGUUGUCUUUUUAAAAAUUAAUGACUAAAAUAAUAUAAAUUUCUUAUUUUAUCCUUUUUUUCAAUUCAUUAACAAACACAAAAAGUACAAUCAUGACAAUUAAUAUUCCUAAAAAAAAUAUAGGGCAAAUUACCCACAAGUUCUUUUUGAAAGUGUGUAUUCUAUUUAAUCCCAAAACUUGUUCGAUAGAUCCAAAAGUCCUAUACCCAUUUAUCUUCUCCUCUUUCUUUACACAUUGCUUCUUCUCUGUAUCUCUCUUUCUUUGAUAUCGGCAAUGACUAUGACCGCGACCACGUCUU